CUCUGUGCCUCCAAUGGAACCCUAGGACCUGACGGCGUUUAUUGCUGUUCCAUGUCACUCCUGUGUCAGACCUGCCACGAUGAAGAGUGAAGUCCCAUCUGACGCACGACGCAAACAGGAGCCCCUUAAGGGGCCCCUUGGAAACCCUGAGCCUAUGGACACUGCCAAGAGCUUCCCUGCUGAAAUGGAGGUGAUUGGCAAAGCAGGCAGUGAGUUCACCCCAUUGUGUGCAGAGGCAAGGCACAGACCCCUGCGUGAGUCUGGGGGCCGCAGAGACUCAGAGCGGGGCCUCUCGGGUCGCAAAAAGCGCAAAAGCCAACAGGCUGGGCCCUCAGACUGCACUCUGAAGGAGGGGCGAAUGAGCGAACCUGCUCUGACCCCUCCACGCCCUAGGCCGGGACUGCUGGACGCUCGCAGCGAGGACGAGAGGAACCCGGAAUCUUCUUUCAGCGACUGCGUCUCCUCGCCGUCCUCCAGCCUGCGUUUCGGCGAUUCGGACACUCUUAGCUCAGAGGAGGAGGGAGGGUCACCUGAUGGGGGAGCUGGGCAACAGCAGCACAAAACCUCUGGGGCAACUUCAGCCACGGGAGGAGGUCCUGGGACAGGCGCGGCGGUAGGCGUGCGGCCGUUGUUGAGUCGGACUCGGGCGAGCAGGUCCCAUAAGUGGCCGCGGGUCGAACCGGAAACGAGCCAUCAGAAACGGCCGUGUCUGGGCUCCCGCCGGCUCCUCCACAGGAGGAGAUUUGUGAAAGGCGGGACGGGUGGCACCCAGCGGACUCCGAAGCAGAAGGAGAGGCUGCUGCUGCAGAGGAAAAAGAGGGAGGUGAUUGCUCGAAGGAAGUAUGCUCUCCUGCACAGCACUAGCAGCUCCAGUGAGGAGCUUACUAGCGACUCCUCCUCUCCUUCCUCCACUGAAGGGGAGGAAGAGCUCUACGUGGAUGUGAGCAGCGGUAGCAGCCAGGCCAGCGGCACUGCGGUGGCCUCAGGUGUCCUGGAUGAAGACGUGGUGGUGAUUGAAGCCACUCCUGCCCCUGCAGUACCAGCCAGCGAGGAGAUCAAUGUCACAUCCACAGACAGCGAGGUGGAGAUUGUUACUGUGGGAGAUGGCUUCAGGCCUCGUUCAGUGGGGGGUCAUGGCAGGAUGCACUGGGGUCCGAGCUGCUCCCAAAACCGGACCCAGGAUGGGCGUGGUCGGCAUCGUCUGUCCACGGUGAUCCAGCCGCUGCGGCAGAGCGCUGGAGAGGUUGUGGACCUCACAGUGGAUGAAGACGAUCUGUCCGUCGUGCCAACCACUUCUGACAUCGCGAUUCCCCAGACUGUCAGCUCUUCCUCCUCUUCCUCUUCCCACAAUGCCUCUACCUCAGAGACGCCACACGAUAUCCCAGGCCCCUCCAGUAGCUGCCCUGUUGCUGCCCCAGACGGCAUGCUGGGAUCACAACACCACACUGGGGGCCCUGGUCCCAGCACAGCAAACAACCCCACUGAAGAUGAAAGCAGAAGAGGCUCCUCUGUGGGUGUGUCAGGCGAGAAUGGGGGUGUGGCCAUGCCCCGCCUGCCCUCCUGCUGCCCUCAGCACUCCCCAUGCAGUGGGCCAUCCUCAGGUCACCUGACCUUAGGCCACACCCACUCCAGCUGCCUGCAGGGAGCAUCGUCUCAGCAGUCUUCGUCUGCGCAGCCGGGCUCCCAGCAUGGCCACGCACACUCACACCAUUUUCAUCAUCAUCAUCACCAUCCACCCCCUGCCCCCUCCUCAUUGGCUUUCCCAGAGCCUAGCUGCCCACUGGAAAGACCGACGGCUGUCCCCGCUCCAUGCGGGGGGGUUAGCAGCAACAGCAGCCAGUACCAUGACCAGCAGACUCUGCCAGUGGAUUUGAGUAGCAGUGCUGUGCGUAGCAGUGCGACAGGAGGGACAGGCUUCCAUGGCACAUCAGCCUUUGACCCUUGUUGCCCUGGCUCCGCCUCUCGGCCUCCGCCCUACGUUUCCCAGCCUGCACCAGGGCCCAGUCAGCCCAAUGUAGUGGAAUCAUUCAACCCUGCCAUGGUGGCCCAGCCACAACCUCAGUCCUCCUGCAGACACUACAUGCACCCCUCCUACGGCCCUCUGGCACGCUCUCUGCAUCAUCAAACCUCAUCCUCCUGUCCUCAUUCCCAUGGCAACCCGCCCCCCCCUCAGCCCCCUCCGCAAGGUGAAUACGUCAUCCCUCACCCCGUUCUGCCCUUUCAUACGCCCCUGCCUUCUCAUGCCCCCACCCACGCCGUGCCCCCUGCCCCUCCACCGUCCCUUCCAACCCACCACCUCACUGGCACCAGUGCCCCUCUCCCUCAACACCUUCCACCAGAGCACCAAGCCCUGCAGCACCACCUUCCUGUGCUGGGGGCCCCUGUACAGAGGCUCCACCAGCACGACGUGUUCCAGAGGAUGGAGGUCCAGAGACGCAGGCUGAUGCAGCACCCAACGCGAGCACAUGAACGCCCCCCUCCCCACCCCCACAGAAUGCACCCGAACUACGGCCACGGGCACCACAUCCAUGUCCCACAGACCAUGUCAUCCCACCCGCGCCAGCCUGACCAGAGGACCACAUGGGAACUGGGGAUCGAGGCAGGGGUGACUGUAGCCCCCUACCCUUCAAGCCAUAUCCACCCUCACCUGCCUCACUACCACCCUCCACCCAGACUACACCACUUCCCCAUCCAGCUGAUGCACACUGGCAUGUCUGAAGUUACGUAUCCGCACAUACGCUAUAUCUCAUCCAGAAUUACUGGAUUUGGACGAACUUAUGAGGAUCUGCUGCAUUUAGAGGAGAGGUUGGGGACCGUGAAUCGAGGAGCCUCUCAGGGAACUAUAGAGAGGUGCACUUAUCCACACAAAUACAAAAAGAAGGUGGUGGAGAAAGACAUUGACGAACAGUUAACCCCUGAGGCAUGGUCAGCUAUUGGGAAAAAUAUGCACGCAACCUCAACCUCGAGAAAGCUGCAUGGCAAGCAGGAUGAAGAUGAGGGGGCAGAGGAAGAUACAGAGGAGAAAUGUACCAUCUGUCUCUCUAUACUGGAGGAAGGGGAGGAUGUCAGACGUCUGCCUUGUAUGCACCUCUUCCACCAGCUGUGUGUGGACCAGUGGCUCCUCACCAAUAAAAAGUGCCCCAUCUGUAGGGUGGACAUCGAGGCACAGCUGUCCCCCGAGAGUUGAUGCUGUUUUUUCCAGCAGCUGUUUUUUCGUCAGACUUUUUAUUUCUUGUUUUGUUUUUUUUUUGUUUUUUUUUUUUUUGUUUUUCUUUUUCUUCAGUAACGCAUUCAACCAAAGAUGGCAUGAAUUACCUGCGCAAAUACAAUAUGGGGAAGAAAAAAAAAAAACAACUACAAACAAAUCUUAAAAGAAGAAAACAUCUAAAAAUGCAUUGAGCCUAGAGUGCCAGCUAUCAUGUAGUAUCAGUACUGCUAGAAAUGACAUCUCCAUUAUGUGUGGUUUUUUUUUUUUUUUUUUAAUUUUGUUGUAUUUAUAAAGCUUUUUGUGUAGCUUCUAAUGUUCUCAUAAGUGUCAUUGUAUUUUAUUUUUGCAUGGUUCCUUGCAAUGCAUUUCUUUGCACAUAUGAUGAAUACAGGCCACCCAAAGGCCUAAUAACUUGCAGGCAAGGAUAGCUGCUCUGGUAAAGAAGCAUUUUUAUAUACCUAAUGCCUUGCUUUACUGGAAUAGCCUCCAUUUUAGAACAUUGCGGGAUUCAUUUUAUUGAUCAAUAUAUUGAUUAGUUCAUGUUUAGAUAAUGUGAUCUG